CAUUCACAGUACUAUUCACUUUCACAUCGAGCUUCCCUUGCCCUUUCACCUCUCUUCUCACUUCACCAAACAUGGGUCAAGGCACUCCCGGCGGACUCAACCAGCAGGGUGGUCUUCCUGGCGACCGCAAGCAAGAUGAUCCCAACAAGAAGGACAAAAAGUUCGAGCCAGCGGCGCCUCCGUCGCGUGUCGGCCGCAAGCAGCGGAAGCAGAAGGGUCCUGACGCCGCCUCCCGCCUACCGACGGUCACUCCACACACCAAGUGCAAGCUCCGCCUUCUGAAGCUCGAUCGAGUCAAGGACUAUUUGCUCAUGGAGGAGGAGUUUGUUACCAAUCAGGAACGGUUGAAGCCCCAGGAGGAGAAGAAUGAAGAAGAUAGAUCUAAGGUCGACGACCUUCGUGGGUCGCCCAUGAGCGUUGGGAAUCUGGAGGAGCUGAUUGACGAGAAUCAUGCGAUUGUGUCGUCGUCUGUCGGUCCUGAGUACUAUGUCGGGAUCUUGUCGUUUGUUGACAAAGACCAACUGGAGCCUGGAUGUGCGAUUCUUAUGCACAACAAGGUUCUUUCUGUUGUUGGGCUUCUUCAAGACGAGGUCGAUCCCAUGGUAUCUGUUAUGAAGAUUGAGAAGGCUCCAUUGGAAUCCUACGCUGAUAUUGGUGGUUUAGAUGCUCAGAUCCAGGAGAUUAAAGAAGCUGUAGAGCUUCCUCUUACUCAUCCUGAGUUAUAUGAAGACAUUGGAAUUAAACCCCCCAAAGGAGUUAUACUUUAUGGGGAGCCUGGGACAGGGAAAACAUUGCUCGCAAAGGCAGUGGCAAACUCCACUUCAGCCACUUUCUUGCGUGUAGUUGGAAGUGAAUUGAUCCAGAAGUACUUGGGAGAUGGACCUAAAUUGGUCAGGGAGCUCUUUAGAGUUGCAGAUGAUCACUCCCCAUCAAUUGUAUUCAUUGAUGAAAUCGACGCAGUCGGUACAAAGAGGUAUGAUGCUCAUUCUGGUGGCGAGCGUGAGAUUCAAAGGACCAUGCUUGAAUUGCUGAACCAGUUGGAUGGGUUUGACUCAAGAGGAGAUGUUAAAGUAAUUCUUGCUACAAAUAGAAUCGAAAGCCUUGAUCCUGCCCUUUUACGACCUGGAAGAAUAGAUAGAAAAAUCGAAUUUCCCCUUCCAGAUAUAAAGACAAGAAGACGCAUUUUUCAGAUUCAUACAUCAAGGAUGACACUAGCUGAGGAUGUGAACUUAGAAGAGUUUGUAAUGACCAAAGACGAAUUUUCUGGGGCUGAUAUCAAAGCAAUUUGCACCGAAGCUGGCUUGCUCGCUCUAAGAGAACGUAGAAUGAAGGUGACUCAUGCAGACUUUAAGAAAGCAAAAGAUAAGGUUAUGUUCAAAAAGAAAGAGGGAGUUCCAGAAGGACUUUACAUGUAAUGGAGUCGGGACGUCGAUGCAAAACAUGUACACAUCUCUAUUCACAUGGGCUUGAUUUAAUCUUCAUUUUCCCCUUAUUUAAUCUGGAACACGGAGGAUUUAGCACCCAGUUACCUGGUUGAGACGUUUCUUUUAGAUUUGAAAUGAGAUACACGACAAUUUGUUAGAGAUGAAUCAGGUGACGUUCUUUUUGUUAAAAGAAUGGGCCCUUUGAAUUUAUAUCUAGAGAUUUGUAAUGCUGCUGCUGCGAUAGAAGUACAAUCAGCAGCAAGGAAGGUAGUAUCAACCACAAACUGGCUACAUUUUUUCUGUUCAUUGAAAUUUUAUUGACGGAGAUUGAUGAUUGUCAGGUGAU